GCUCAGGUAAACAGCUAGGUUCUGGCCUUGGUAGACUCCUCUGUGCCACACUCUCCUGAGAACUUUGGCUUAGAAAGUCGCAGCCUGGCGUUGUGCUGACGCAAUCUCUCGGGCUGCGAGUUUGGUGCCGGCUUCCUGGAGUGGGUGCGAAAUAGGAAGGGGAGAGUCGCGAUCCUCGGAAGCGGGACCCGAACCCCUUUGCUCGCUGGAAGCAGAAAUAUAGGUGGAUCUUGGUGGGACUGAGACGCAGUGCGAGGGCAGGCCGGAGCGGGUCUGGAAGGAGACUGCGGGACCCACCGUGCCCAAUCGGAUCAGACGACCUGGACAGUGCUUUCACGGUUGCUGGUCAGAAGACUGCCCUAGGAGGUGUCCGGGUCUGUGACCCCAACAGAGGGCCAUUACAGAAGCUCUGCCAAGAAGGUCGAUAUCUGGACUGGUCUCCACUGGGAAGUUUCUGUAUUUUCCUGCCUUCAGUGAUGAAUGAGGUUUGAUUCAUCAGUGUUUUGAGACUGCUUCAUUCAGGGUGUUCUGUCUCACAUUUAGUGGUUCCUGCUGAGUCUUCUCAAAGCUCUGUUUUCAUCAAGCUGGCACCAAAGCUCUUCACAGCACACCUGUGCCUAGUAGCUAAUUGCAUAGUGUUUUGAGCGGAGAAUCUAGGACCAAACCAUGGAUACCCUCUCACUUUCAUGACUCUACCUUGGUCUCCUUUUCUCAACUGUGCUUCUGGUAUCACCUGUGUGUUUUCGAGGGCAAAAACACAAACAAGCAGCUUACAGACAUCAUGAAUGAAUGUGUGGAUUUGGUGUCAUUUGAGGAUGUCACUGUGAACUUCACCUGGGAGGAGUGGCAGAAUCUCGAUGAUGCUCAGAGGGUGCUGUACAGGAAUGUGAUGCUGGAGACAUACAGCAGCCUGGUGUCACUGGGACAAUGCAGCCCUAAACCCGAGUUAAUCUUUAGAUUGGAACAGGGAGCAGAGCCAUGGACAGCAGACGAAUCUACAAACCAGAGUAUGUCAGGCUUCUACAGUGUGGACGGCACAGUUGAGACCAACCAGAAAUGUGAAGACAGACAUUUAUGGCAAGUUACUGCCAAUAGCCACAAUAGAGCAACUGAGGAAACAGAUGGAUUAGAAAACACUUUUUAUUUUUGCUCCAUGAAAAUUUCAAAUUUUGCUGUAAAUAAUAGAGAAUGUUCAGGAGUGAAGCCUGAGGAGUUGAAUGGAUAUGAGAAUACAUGUCUUCCUUCUGAGUCUCAUGGCAUAUACACUUUAAAGCAAUAUAGUGACUGUGGUGUAGCAGGGAAAUCCCUCGGGUGUCCUGAGCAAUUUGGUCAACAUUCCAAGAUUCAAACUGGGCAACAGGAUUUUGAACACAAUGGAAAAGGAAAAGAUACAAAGGAGGCAAAAGUACUGAAAAGAAUUACUCCAUCUAACAGACUUCAAAUGGGACUAACUUUGUAUAAGCAUAAUGAUUAUGAGCAAGUCUCUGUUGAGUCGGAUGUCAUGGUUAAGGUAGGGAAGGCAACUUUUGGUAAAACAUGUAACCUCACUGAACACCAAGAAACAUACUCAGGGAGCAAACCUUGUGAAUGCCUUAAAAGAAAGAAAAUCUUUACUAGCAAAUUAGACCUUUCAGUUCAUCAGAGGACACAUGACCAGAAGAAAGCCCAUGUAUGUAUUCUGUGUGAGAAACUCUUUAGCACUAAAUCCUCCCUUACUACUCAUCAGAGGAUUCACACAGGAGAAAAGCCCUAUGGAUGUAGUAAAUGUGAUAAAAGCUUCAGGCAAAAGUCAGCCCUUGUUGUACAUGAGAGAACUCACACUGGUGAGAAACCCUUUGAAUGUUGUGAGUGUGGUAAAGCCUUCCAGCAUAAGUGGUACCUCAAAAUGCACCAGAGAACUCACACAGGUGAGAAACCAUACGAAUGUCAAGACUGUGGAAGAGCGUUUCUAAAGAAGUCAUACCUCAGAUUGCAUCAGGGAACUCACAAGAGAGAUAAACCAUAUGAAUGCGAAGAAUGUGGAAAAACCUUCCAUAACAGAUCAUACUUCAACAUGCACCUUCGAACUCACACUGGUGAGAAAACCUAUGCAUGCAACGAGUGUGGAAAAGCCUUUUACCAAAAGUCAGACCUCAGGAGGCAUCAGAGAAUCCACAACAGCGAGAAAUCACACAAAUGUAAAGAAUGUGGAAAAGCCUUUCAAAAUAAAUCAUACCUCAAAACUCAUCAGAAAGUUCACACAGGUGAGAGACCAUAUGAAUGUAAACAGUGUGGCAAAGCCUUUCAGAACAAGUCAUAUCUCAACAAGCAUCAGAUAAUUCAUACAGGUGAGAAACCCUACGAAUGUACUAAGUGUGGGAAAACAUUUCAGUGGAAGUUAGUCCUCAGUAAGCAUUAUAGAAUUCACACAGGUGAAAAGCCCUAUGAAUGCAGUCAGUGUGGGAAAAUGUUUGGUUACAAAUCAUCUCUCAUUGUACAUGAGUUGAUUCAUUCUGGGAAGAAACCCUAUGAAUGUAUUGUAUGUAGAAAAACGUUUUCACAGAAAUCAAACCUAAUUAGGCAUCAGAGAACUCAUAGACAUCGGGAUGCAUGAUGGGGAUGGGUACAGAAAGAUGUUUGCCUGACGUUUAAGCCUCAGAAGGUUUGCAGUACUCCAGGAAUUCCCUUGAGUGUGAGUGGGGUAGGUGUUCUUUCUGCAGAACAGUUUUCAGUUAACAUGAGAGGACCUACACAGGGCUGACAAGAAUUAGGAAUGGAUGUGAGGGGGAGUCCCACCAGAACUUGCCCUUAACAUGCUAUGAGAAAACCCACACAAGAGGAAAUUUUAAUAGAUGUAAUACAUGUGGAAAAAUGUCCCACACUACAGAUCUAAACUUGGAAUGCAUCUAAGUAUUUACAUAGGAGGAAACGUGAAUGUAGAGAAUAUAGAAGUUUUUUUUUUUAAUAUUUGUUUAUUAUUUAUUGUGUAUACAAUAUUCUGUGUGUAUGCCUGCAGGCCAGAAGAGGGCACCAGACCCCAAUACAGAUGGUUGUGAGCCACCAUGUGGUUGCUGGGAAUUGAACUCAGGACCUUUGGAAGAGCAGGCAAUGCUCUUAACCUCUGAGCCAUCUCUCCAGCCCCCGAGAAUAUAGAAGUUUUAAACAUGUUUUUCUUCAGUAUAUUUGAGAUAACUCAUACUGGAGAGGAACUCAGUGAGAGCCCUGAGUGUGGUAAAUACUUUUUAUAACAUAAUUGAGAAGAAAAAUCUAUGAAUAUAAUUAAAGUUGAAAACCAUUUUGGCAUCAUUCAUGCCUUAAUAUGCUUGAGAAAGUCCACACUGGUAAAAAUCUCUUCAAGAAAUGUAACCAUUGGAAAAUUAUCUGGAAGUCACUGCUUGUUAAAUAUGAAAUAGUCCUGUGAAGAAGAUCUAUGGGAAUAGGGUUAUUGUGGGAGCUUUCCAGUAGAAAUUCACCACAGCAUGCAUUAGAGAACCUCCUUGAGAGAGGAAAGCCUCCAAUAAUAUUGGAAGCCCAUGAAUUACAGCUAGGCAAGCAUCAGACAGUAUAAUCUAAGGGAAGUCUUAUGGCAUGGAAGAAAUCAAGACCAUCUAGAAAUUAAGCGUUGACAUACAUCACAUAAUGUGUACAGAGAAAUGAUGCCGAGUAGCAGAGUGGCCAUGUGUCCCGCAGAGACCAUUUUCUUAUCUCUGGACAUAGUCUGCAAUUCUCUGCCUCCACCGUAGCCCUUGCAAGUUAAGUGAGCUCUGCUGGGACACUGUGAACUCACUGAUGGCAACCCAAAAAACAGCAGGCAGUUUUUUUCCAGUUUGUGUCAAAGAAAAGCGAAGGUGACCCUAAGGACGUUCUUGCAAAUAAAGGUGGAAGAAAUUUAUUGGCAUUUAAGAAUUGUUUGAAGAAACAGUGAUCUUUCCUCCUUUUUUUGUCCUUUAUGCCUGGCACAUUAGUGUGAAAUAAAUGUAAUGUUUAAUUUCCCCAAGUGUGAUCUGUUCUCAUUGUAUUACUAACAGGUCAUUCUUGACAAUUCAUUUUAUGAAUACAAGGACUCUUUCUGAGGAAUGUGAAUAACUUUGUAUCAGCACAUUCAUACAGAAGAGAAGCCUGCCUUGUCAUUCUUCUUUUCUAGGUUAAUUCUAGAAGAAUCAAUUGUGGAAGAAAAUUACAAUGAAUCAUUUUUGGGAAUGCUUUUUAUCAUGCAGGGGUAUCUCACUGAAGAAAUAAAUUAGAUAAUUGCCAAAUAUUUUUAUAGUGUUUUCAUUUCUAUAAGAAAUUGUAAUGAAGAGAGAUUUACCAAUGUAUAUAUUAUACAUAUGAAUAUGGGUCAUGUUAAACAUUAACUACUUUAACUGCAAAUGCUUGAAUAUUCAAGCAUAAAACAUGAGUGGUGAUACAGUCUUCGAGGAUACAUUUGACUAAGUCUGGAGACAUUCUUGUUUACUUAACUGCAUGUUGGGAGCUGUUGGUUGUCAGCUGCUGGGUAGAGGCCAGGGUUCUGAUACAUUGCUUAAGAAGCAUUGAAUACCCACCUCAGGUUAGAACUUUAUGUUAGAGAUCUUUCUUAAUGAUCCAUUAACUGUGAUAUGAUAAUCCAUACAGCUAAUAUAAUAAAUAUCAUGACAAAUAGUGUGCCCUGUCAUUUCCUAUUGCUUAAUGAAACACUUGAUGUUUAGAACUUUUUCAGGAAAUUAAAUUUAUUUUUAUACGUAAACAUUAGCCCAAGGCGAACACCCCCCCCCCCCCUUGGGUAAAAUCAGAUGGUAUUGGAUCCGCAUCUGAGCCUUGGCUGUAUUCAAACUCAGCCGAGAUAGGCGGGAAGGGGUAAGUGCACUCUGGCCUGAGUACUUGUAUCCUGCUCUCUGUCUCUAGAGCUGGGAAAAUCAGGCGGGGCUGUGUUUAGUACACCGCCUUGGGGCGCCUGGCAACUGGGCCAGGAGCCCGCUGUGAAAAUUGCUUGCAAGUGCCUGGAAGAUCGGACCCUGGCAGUGAGCCGCGAGAUAGGGGGAACAAACUAGGACGUUUGGGGGCUGCUCUCCAUGAGUAGCAGCCCUCAGGAAGAGAGUGUAGUGCGCAUGAGCGGGCAGCUCUCUCAAUCUAAAGUUCAAGCCUGCGCCCAGGGCCCGCCUAGGGGCGGAGGCGUUAGGUCGCCAAAAUGAUGUGGUGUAAUAACCAGGUUAGCUUAAUAUGAAAUAGUAAACUUUAAUGAGGGACUAGCUUACAACACCAGCGAUGAGCAGAAAGUACAAAAAAAGGACCAGGGUGCUCACACUCGCCAGAUUUAUAAGUAAACACUAGCCCAAGGCGAACACGCUCUCUUGGGCUGGGCUUCCCCUACAUAUUUUGAUGAUGGUUUCUUUUUUAGGUUGAAAAUUGAAGAGCAGGUAGGUAGGCUUAUCAUUUUUGCGUCUACUGUGGGUCUACUUUGCUGUUUUGCAAGAUGUUGAAGUGUUGGAAAGGGAGCAAGCUAUGUAUAGAAAAACAGCAAAUGUGCUUUGGUCCCACAUUUAAAAUAGUGCAAAAUUAUGAGACUGAUUAAGAUUAGCAUUAAUUUCUUUUGUGGCAAUUCCCUUGAUCCGGUUACUGUUUUUCCCUCCUGUCAGCAUCAUCGAGCAGAAGUUCAUUCACUUGUCAUCACCACCACACAGUGGACCAAGUUUUACUCAGCACAUAACAUUUUGAAAGGGAUUAUUACACUAAAUGCCACUGCAAGAUCAUAUUGUUUUAAGUAUGAAUCAUAAAAGAGUCAUACCACACAUUUUCUACUAAUGUAUGUAAAAUUUUAAUUUAUUGGGGCUGGAGAGAUGACUCAGAGGUUAAGAGCAUUACCUGUUCGUCCAAAGGUCCUGAGUUCAAUUCCCAGCAACUACAUGGUGACCCACAACUAUCUGU